AUGAAUGUAUGCUAUUGAGGGUCCCCAGGGGCAUGUCAAGAGAGAGGGUGGAAGAGUGAAUACGCAGAAAGAGCUUACUCCAUUGGACAUGCCCGAUAUGGAGGCUAAGAAUGAAUGGAAGUCGAGGAUGAGGAUACAAUUGACAGUCAAGGCUCUGCCGGAAACAAUGGUUGAGAAGAAAUGUCACUACUCUGCUUCAGUUGCAAAUGGAAGUAUGGAGGAUUGCCAAGAGCUAUAG